AUGAUCUUCUCUCUUACUCUUUUGUUAUUCUUACUGAGAAUAUCUGCUCGACCUUCCACCUCUCCCCAUUCGCCCUCUAUUCUGAACUCACCCCAAACGAUAAUAGACGGCUUUCCAAUUGGGAGAACCCAGCUGUCCCAAGAUGACAUGAUCGAACUGGGUAAAUUAGCUAUAGCUGUCAACUCGGCUUAUUGUCCCAAGAGUUAUAAACUGCAACCGCAUCCUUCCGCAUCUAAGGAAUACGAAGGGUCACCGAGUAGGAAGAACCACCGUAUGCACAAGACAAAAUCGAAAUUCGCUCAACACGAUGAUGGGAGUAGUAUUGUGAUAUCAAGUGAUGACGAUGAGUUCAGACGGGAACAGACAUAUCAUGGUGAUAUGAAAUGGUAUAUAUCGCAUACACCUUCAACGCAGACUUUGACACUCGCAUUGUCAUCACUGUCAUCCACCGAUGAUUUACUUGAAUUACGAGCUUCUUCUCCUUCUCCUUCCCCAUCUGGGUCAACAAGUACAGAUAGCGAAAUUCUAGUUCCACUUCCGGCAUCACUUUUCCCAUAUCCUUUCGGUUAUCUUCAUCCCUCUUCUUCCAAGGGGAAAGAGCCCAAAAUCCAUCAUGCAUAUAUCCCAUUCCUGAAAACUCAUGGUAAAUCAGCUUUAUUAUCUUUGCUAGAUCUAAUCGAAGAUCCACCUGCGACAACUACAACCUCAUCCCACUCAGACGUCUUGAAAGAAUAUAUCACUUCCUUAGGUAGUCCAUCCUCAGUAAUGACCAAUAAACCUAUACGUAAGAUUAAGAUCGUAGGACAUGGGCUAGGAAGUGCAAUUGGUUUAUUGGUAACAUUAGCAUUGAGCAUGGAAUUAUCGAAUGGACAUCACCUUUCAUCAUCUUCAUCACGUUCUCAAGACCACUUGCAUGAUUUAGAAAUAUCAACAACGUUAUUUGGUUUACCCAGAGUUGGAAAUAUCCACUUUGCGAGAUUAGUUGACUCGCUAAUCGACUCUAGAGGAUCAUCAUUGAAGAUGAACAGAAUAACAUCAUAUGGCGAUACGAUAACUCAUCUCCCUGAAAGACACUUGAAUUUGACACAUCCUUCGAAGAAUGAAAUUUGGAUAGGACCAGAUCCACGAAUAGCAUAUUUCUGUAAACCAUCUCCUUAUCAAGAUGGAAUGGAGAGUAAUUUAUGUGCAGCUGGAAUCAAAUUGGAGAAGACUAGCUUAAUAGAUCAUCUAGGUCCUUACGCUGAUGUGUGGAUGGAUAAAAAAUGCUAG